CUUAACCAAUCCAAGCCUGUCCUUCUUGCCUAUCUUUUUUGAAAUGGACAGAGAAAAUACUGAGCCUGGUUACCCCAGUCUUGCUGCAAUCAGGAUGGAUCCGCUCUUUCACACCCAAGCUGGAGACCUCCUUUACAUGCGGAAACUGGUCAAUGACUCAUCCCUGUGGAACCUCAGCUUGGGCGACUGGUUCCACAAUGGGACAACAGAUGGCUUCUUGCCCAUGGGCAUCAAGGUCACCAUUGUGAUCGUCUACUCCAUCGUAUGCAUCGUAGGGCUGGUGGGCAAUUGUUCCGUCAUGUAUGUGAUCAUCAGAUUCACCAAGAUGAAGACAGCAACCAAUAUCUACAUCUUUAACUUGGCUCUGGCUGAUACCUUGUGCCUGAUAACCUUACCUUUCCAAGGCACCGAUACCUUCCUGGGCUCCUGGCCAUUUGGCAAUGCUCUCUGCAAAAUUGCUAUCUCCAUUGACUACUACAACAUGUUCACCAGUACUUUCACCCUGACCAUGAUGAGUGUAGACCGCUAUAUUGCCAUCUGCCACCCCAUCAAGGCCUUGGACAUCCGCACACCCAACAAAGCUAAAUUAGUCAAUGUUUGCAUUUGGGCCUUGGCCUCUGUCUUUGGGAUCCCUGUGAUGGUAAUGGGAUCUACCGAGAAUGAAAAUGAUGAGAUUGAUUGCCUGAUCAGACUCCCUGAACCUGUGGAUUAUUGGGAUCCAGUCUUUGGGAUCUGCAUUUUCCUCUUCUCCUUUAUGAUCCCUGUCAUGGUCAUCACAAUUUGCUACAGCCUCAUGAUCAGACGCCUCAAGAAUGUCCGUGUUCUUUCCGGAUCCAAGGAGAAGGACCGAAAUCUCCGACGCAUUGCUCGCCUAGUCCUGGUGGUGGUGGCUGUCUUCAUCAUCUGCUGGACCCCCGUCCACAUCUUUGUCCUGGUUCGAUGUCUGGGGGCCAAGGCGGACAAUGAGGUCAAGUUAGCCAUCUUGUACUUCUGCACUGCCCUGGGUUAUACCAACAGCUGCCUGAAUCCCGUCCUUUAUGCUUUCUUAGAUGAGAAUUUUAAGACUUGUUUCAAGAAGUUCUGCUUCCCAUCUGCUUUUAGGAAAGAGCUGCAGAUGUCCAACCGGAUGUGCAGCAUUGCCAAGGAUGUGGCUUAUGCCUGCAAGAAUUCAGAUGGGACUAACAAUCCGGCAUGACUAGGCGUGGAAAUUCCGAUGGUGCCGGUCAGCCAACAGAGCCCGACGACACCCACGUCAGAGCUAACUCAGAUAACAGCUCUUUGAAGCAUAAGCAUUUUUGAUUCAGGAACAGAGACUCACAGUGAGUUGGGAGAAGGAACACAUUGGAACAUUCUUCUUCUUGGUAACAGAAAGGUGAGCCAUUUUGAACAUCAGAAUGACACACCUCUUUCUCUUUAAGGGGUGUAUUUUCGUUUGACUCUGGGAUUCCAUAAGGCCACAGGUCUUGAUGGCACCACACAAAUACAAACAAUUCGGAAAUGAAAGAGUUUUAAUGCCUCUCCUGGCUGUUGUAGGUUUCUUUGUUGCUACCACAGCAGUUGGGAAGUGAGAGACAGACAGACACACACACAGAGAGACAGACUGAGAGAGAACAUUCUUUGCUUCUUACAACUUGAAUUGUUCUAGUGAAUCAUCAGACAUUGUAGUCCAAGAAAGCUUUUGAUGGAGAUUUUCAUUGAGUUUCAAAAUUGAGUUUUGUGGGAGCCAAAGCACUGAAUGGCACCAAGCAAGAAACAGACAAUUCUUUAAAUUAUUUGCGAAGAAAGGAUGGUUCAUCCAGUACCCUUCUGCUUCUGAAUAAUCGGGGCUUAGAAGGAUCUCUACAUGCUUCACUUUAAUCCUUUGAAUAGUAUCACCUUUAGUGGAUGGGUACAGUGGAAUGGAACCAAGACCUAUCGUGGUGGAGUAGAAUUGUGGAAAUGUGGUAUGCAUUUUAAAACAUGUGCAUACACAUCAAUUUCCUCUACCUAAAAAUACUCUGAAUCAAGCAGCCACAUACAGAGACCAUGAUGACAAAUGUGAGCCAGCUUGAUUAAUGCACAGUGAAGAAGGCUGUUUUUGUCUAUGUGUGUGUGUUUUUUGAUAACACAGUGCAUAGUAAUUAUAACCACGGAUGAGCAUGACUAGUAUAUAAGUCAAGGGGCAAAAUGUAAGGCUACAAAAUGUCAGUUCAAGCAGUGACUUAAGCAAGGACAAAAGAAGAGAAAGAGAUGAGACCACUCCUCACUUCUGGACUUCUUUCACAAUAAACAAUGGCAAUUGUUGGGCUUUAGUGUUACAGAGCAUCUAAAGAGGGAGGGAAGAGUAAAUAUAUUUUAAAGUCAAAUUUUCCUCUCAUGUUGCACUGUGGAUUCUGGUCUGGUCUCCCGAUGGAAACCUGAAAUGAAAUAUUUUGUUAGUUAAAACAAUAUUGGUGUCCAUUCCAUUCCAAACAUGGGGAAAUGUUUCAUGUUCAUUAUAGCAGGGAGUGAGAAGCAUAAUUGUUGAGCUGGCUCAUAACAACUCAAAAGAAUUGGCUUGCUGACUCACACCAAAUUCCAUCUAGCACACCAGAUGCUUGGUGGCAGCUUUUCCCUAUGGCUUAACUCCUAUAUUUGAUACGUAGAGUUAGAUUGUUCCAAUGUGCAGUGAUUCCAUGUACCUAAAAUGAAAGUUCUUUGUACAAAAGAAUGUGCUUUAUAGAUUCAUUUUAAUGGCACUGCAAAGGGAAUGGAGGCAGUUUGCUGUUACCCUAAAUGCUCCAAGUGGAGCCCACCUUCUUAAUCAACACAAUUACCAACACUCUCUCUAUAUAUAUGUAUAAUUUCUCUCUACAUAUGGCCCUGACAACAGAGCUUGGUGGGGAGUUGUAGUCCAAACCUUCUUUCUAACCUACAUCUUAUGAAUACAGUGUGCCUGCGUCAUAUACUGAAAGCUGCAUGGCAGAAGUUUUAAUGGUGUGCGUCAGGUAUGAGCCCCAUUAUUUUCAAUGGGGCUUGAGCAUAUGUGCUAUUUGCCUUACAUGGAGGGGGCUGGAACGGAUCCCCCACAUAAGACAAGGGCGCACUGUAUAUGGAUUUAUGGGGGCUCAGAGAUACCUCUGGUAGGAUCAGUUAAAUCAUCUUUGGGAUUUAAAAUAUUUAAAAUUUAAAAGGUUCAUGAUGGCUUUUUACUAAGAGAGAAGCUCUACAGCUUUGAUAUUGGGUAGUGCCAUGCAGGGCAAAUUGUUGGCCAACAGUACUCACAAACAGGAGUGGUCUGGUGAUGCCAUUCCCAAGAAACCAUCUAUGUUGUGUGGUAUAAAGUGGACCCCUGCCUUGACUACACCCACCACAUCCCCAUCAGGUCAAUGCACAGAGGCCCUCCCAUUCCUUCAUGUUGCUCAGCCAUUGACCACGUACAUUCCAACCUCAGCAGCUGCCACUGUAUGUGUUUUCCCCACCUCAACCCACUUUUCUGCUGCAAACUGCUCUACUCCAACCCCGUCCAACCUUGUUUCUCCCAUGUAGACCUAGGCACCCUUUUGCAUGGUAACACAUAUGCCUCUGUGACCCUGCAGGAGGAGAAUUAGAACUGGAGAGAAUUCGAAAGGUAAAGCAUCAGUCAGGGGAAGGGGUGAAGCAGAUCCUUCUCACUUUUCUGCUCAAAACUACUGUUUGCUAUUGCUUUUCAUUCAAGAAAGAGGCCAUUAACUGUAUUGGUGUGUGACAUACAGCUUGACCUUUCGUGUGCCUGAGAAAACAGAACAUUUAUUUACUGUGCCUGCAAGAGCAAAACAAAAAGGGAUUUAAAAAAAAAAGAAAAGAAAAGAAAAGGAGAAACUGAACUCAGAAGCUAUCAGAAGCAUGAUCCUGAUCCAAACAGAAGGAAGGAACUGUGCCUCUUCCUUUGUACUACUGACUAUACAGACUUUUCUGUGGAAAUAUUUCCUGUAACUGGUUUGAUGAGAACAUGUAUUUUUUCAUGUGCAGGUCUGCUGGAUGUCUGAAAGCUUCCUAUCUGCUGUAUGACUAUAAGCUGCCGUGUUUCUAUGUUUUGUAGGUUUUGUCUCUUAUAGUGGGCUUUGGAGAAGUAUGUAUCAUACAGCAAGUGCAACGAUUUGCUGUCCACGCAAAAUGUAGAAGGGGCUUUUGGGCCAAAGCUGCAUCCUCUUAGCCCUUGUUUUGAGAAUGACUGCAGAAAAAUAAGUUUGCCAAAUGGCCAGGAAGCUGCUAAUGUUUCUAUUUAAAUAGUAAGGCAAAAAGAAGAUGUAAUAAGCAUGCUGCAGUGAAGAGUUAUUCCCAGUCUAUUUCGUGACCACAGAGUAGGACAAUCCCCCACCAAAAUGCACACCAUUAAUGUCAAUGAAAUGGAUAGAUCCAAAUGAAGUUAGCUGAUCAUAGAUCCAUUUUGAAAUCAAUGAGAUGGGGCAAAGCAAGCCAUCAGUCCUAUAGAAUUCCAUCCGACAUAAGAUCCAUUUUCCUAAUAGAAUCCUAUUAGUCAGUCAUGGAGAAGCAAUGAAUCAAUUGAUGAAUGGUGAGUCAACACAGAGUUAAAUCUCAUUGAUUUAAUGGGUCUACUUUACAACAGGAUUUAAGCUUAAGGCAUCCCCCAUCACCACCAUCAUCACUAUCACA